GGAGCAGUUAUAGUUGCGUUUCUACCCAGGAGAGUUCGGUUCGGUGCGGUGUGUGUUUCUUAGUGAAAAACUAUAAAAAUGUUGCGUUCAGCGACAUUUGUCUAUGUUAUUGUCGUUUUUGUCGGAACUUUAGACCGAAUCAAGGGUAUCGACCCCAAUUUGAGCUCAACUGGUUCAGUGUCUCACUUUGAGCCCCAAGUAGCCAUUUUGUGCGAUGUCAGCAAUAGGGGGCAGGAAGCUUACCAGCCUAAAUAUAUGACUGAGCAAGGUGAAUGGGCCUCCGAUCUUCGAUCGAAGGCCUCCUGCCUCAAGGACAAGAUGGACAUCUUGAAUUACUGCAAAAUGGUAUAUCCCAAAAGGGACAUAACCAACAUUGUAGAAAGCAGCCACUAUUUGAAAAUCGGUUCCUGGUGUAAAGCUGGAGCUACACCUGGAGCGCAAUCCAGGGGCAAAUGCAAAACUGCCCGAUGGGUGAAACCAUUCAGGUGUUUAGAAGGUCCGUUCCAGUCCGAUGCGCUUCUCGUUCCCGAAAACUGCAUGUUCGACCACAUUCACAACCAGAGCAACUGCUGGACCUUUGGAAGAUGGAACGCAACAGCUGGAACUGCUUGCCAGGACAAAAAAUUGCAGUUGAGGUCGUUUGCCAUGCUGUUGCCUUGUGGAAUUUCUUUGUUUAGUGGAGUGGAGUUUGUCUGCUGCCCCAAACACUUCAAAGAAAGUGUAAAACCCAAAAAGCCCGUCGAGUUGGCCAUUCUGAAAAAAGAACAGGAUGUGUUUUCCGAAGCUCUGGAUGAUAGUGAUGAUGACUCGGAUGAAGAUGACAGCAAUGAUGAUCUGGAGGAUGUGGCUGAUGAUACUGAAUUGUCCGAUGAACCGAGUAUUGACGACGAAGACGAUGAUGAGGAAGAUGAUGAUGAUUACGAUGACAGCGAUUGGGACACGACGUCGCAAAGCACCACUAUUGGCAUGAAGGUACCAACCACUUCAGCUACAACCACGACCACGACUACCAGUACCACUACAACGGAAAAACCCACCACGGAAGCCACUCCAGAUCCAUAUUUCACUCACUUUGAUCCUCGAAAUGAACAUAACAGCUAUAAGGAAGCGCAGGAACGUCUGGAGGAAACUCACAGAGAAAAAGUAACCAGAGUGAUGAAAGACUGGUCGGACUUGGAAGAGCGCUACCAAGAUAUGCGCUCCACCAAUCCCAGAGGAGCUGACGAAUUCAGGCAGAGAAUGACGCAGAGGUUCCAACAAACCGUGCAGGCUCUGGAAGAGGAGGGAGAUGCGGAAAAACACCAGUUAGCCGCCAUGCACCAACAAAGGGUGUUGGCGCACAUCAACCAGAGGAAGAAGGAAGCGAUGUCGUGCUACACACAGGCUUUGAACGAAAGUCCACCAAACACCCACAGAGUCCAGAAAUGUCUGCAAAAGCUGCUGCGCUCUCUUCACAAAGACCGAGCCCAUGCCAUCUCCCAUUACCGCCACCUUUUGGCCGGCAGCAUCGAAGCUGCAGCUCGAGAACAACCCAGCGUCUUGGAACGACUCACUGAUAUCGACCGAACAGUAAACCAGAGCAUGCAGAUGUUGAAGCGCUACCCUGAUCUGGCUUCGAAGAUUGGUCAGUUGAUGGACGACUACAUUCAAGCGCUGCGAUCGAAAGAUGAAACCCCUGGAUCCCUUCUAGCUAUGACCGCUGAUGCCGAGCAGGCCAUCCUGGAUAAGUACAAGGCGGAAAUUGCCACCAAGCAGGCGGAACGGGAGCGGCAAAGGUUGCAGGAGAAGGAGCGCAAGGAGCAGCGCAAGAAGGAGCGAACGGUGUUAAAGGAGGAGAAGAAGCGGGUUGAGGCAGCAUUGGGCAAGAAAAUCAGCAACAUCGACGAUGAGGAUAUUGAGGACAAUUCCGUUGAUGAGAAACCUUCAACCCCGGUGUUUGUGGUGUCGACUGCUGAAAGCACUGCAGCUGAAACGGUAAGUUAUUUGGCAACAGCAACCCCAACCAGUCACAAGGAGGUGGAUGAUGUGGCAGUCCAGGAGGCUGUAGAAGAAGUUGCCAAAGCUGCCACCCAUAGACAGGAUGUUAUUAGAGUUGCCCAUGUUAUGUCGCAUGAAAUAAGCCAUGGGGAACCGACGUUUACGGUGCGACGCGAAAUCUAUGGACGUAGAGAUGGAAAAAGCGUCUACUUCACCGUAGCCUUUGCUGGAAUGGCCUUGAUGGCGGCAAUUGUGGUGGGAGUUGCUGUAGCAAAGCGCAGAUCUGCACGAUCCCCUCAAAGUCAAGGGUUUGUUGAAGUAGAUCAGGCGGCCACGCCCGAAGAGCGGCAUGUAGCCAACAUGCAGAUCAACGGCUACGAGAACCCCACCUACAAGUACUUCGAGGUGAAGGAGUAAGAAUGGCCGAUGAGAGUGUACAAAAUCAGAAAUUUCCGUUUUUUUACAUUAAAUAACCUCCUUCUGUUCAUUUGUACAUUACGCAAACAAUUUUGAUUUUAUUCGAAGCAAUAUUUUUGAUCGAUCUGUAGUUUGUAUAUUGAGUUAAGUUUUUUCUUUAAUUGAUAUUAGUGGAUUGGGGAAGUUGCCCGACACUCGAAUACAUGCCCAUUCACUCAAUACCCGCGGUGGUAUAUUUGAAUCAUUCCAAUAUUUUCCUCGUUUAUAUUUAGUAAUAUUUGUACUUAAUACUCUUAACGCAACUUGAUAAUAAUAAUUCUACAUAUGCAAAAAUUAAAUAUAUUAAAUAAUAUUUUGAAGUAAAGGAAACUUUAAAUAGUCAUGUUUUUUGCAUAUGACUGUCCACAUUUUUAACAUAAUGUAACCUUUAGCGGGGGUAUGCGACUGUAUUCUACAGUACGUUUCCUUCGAGUGCAUGAAGUGCUGAUAUUAAGCUAAUUUGCUACAAGAUUUUUUUGAUGUGUUUCACACUAUAAGAGUUUUCAUUUCAAUACAACUGCAUACCCCUUUAGAUGUAUUGUAAUUAUACACUACGCGCCGUAUAGGAGUAAUUAAUAUCGAUAUAGCAAUCCAAAAUAAAAUGUGUAUUAUUACAAUAUCAAAUUAGCCGCUAGACUCAUAUGGUACCCUCCAUAUUAUACCUAAUAAUAAAAAAAUUAGCCGUAACUGCAUGUUACUUGACAGCUUUUGUACAAAGUCUUAUUUUUGUUACGAGUUUGACCGAGUUAUUCUCAAUUUAUCCUUUAAACGAGACGAGUUCAGCUGUUUAAACGCAAAAAUAUACUAAACACUAUAGAGUUAGGUCACUGGCUAGAGCGCAACUAUAUUCGAAUAUAUUGCAUUUGAUCUGAAGUGUUCUUCUAAGUUAGCUCUUGAUUACAUAAAGCUAAACAAUAUAGCAAACGCAAUGAGUUUUCGAGAUUAGCACCGAACUGUUUUAACGCGAUCAACCCUUUGGCAGCUUUCUAUGUACCAAAUAUCCGAGCUAAACUAAAGCGAAAGUUCUCAGAUUUAAAAUGUCCCGACUUAAGUUGGCUUAUUGCAAACCGGAAAAUACACGGUGUUCUAUCUUUGAUAUAACAAUAUGCGAGGACGUUGAAUGUUUUGUGAGUGCGCGAGUUAUUUUUGGUUAAAUUUAAAAUGCCGGUUGCAAACGAAUGUUGUUACAUUUGAGAUAGCACUAAAUGGUAUUCGGACCUUUUGUAUUUUGAUUUUAUACUUUGUAAAUACAGACGGUAGAAGCGAAAGAUUUUUUUGCCGGUGUUAGAGUUUGUCCUCUGGCUACUCCAUCAAAACUGUGAAGUAAAGCAUCAUGUAAAUUACGAAUUAUCAUUUCCGUAGCAAAUUCAUAUCAUGUGUCUCGAGAAGUCAAUCAGUAUUUUUUAACGUUUUGUGCUUUAAAAUUUAACUAAUAUAAAUGUAGCUAAAUGUGUACAGAAAGGAAAUCAUAAAUUUCCACUUCUCUAAGAUAUUAAAAAAACCCUUAGGCUUUAAAGAUGCAAGGCGUAACCUUUAAUAAAAAGUGUGUUUAUGUGCUGAAAAAUCCUAUUUCGUACUAAAACGUCUUUAUUGACCUUAUCCUCAAUUCUGUGAAAUAAAUUUUUGUUAGAUUAGUUUAGUAGUUAACAUUAAUGUUUUGUGGCCAUGUAAUUUUAAAUUUAAUGUAAUGAAUAAAUCAAUAAACAUUU